AUGGACUCUGGGCGACGAGGGAAGAAAAGGCCAUGUCCAAAGCCGUCAACUGCACCCGCAGGGCCGUCUCCGACUCGUGAAGAAGACGAGGAGGAAGAAGAGAUGGAGGAGUUCUACGCUUUGGUGGGAAGGAUCAGAGAAAUGAGGGACAUGCUCAAGUCCAACGCAGGUACGAGGUUGGCCAACGCAGCGACGCCGCUUUGGAAGCCCGCGUUCAAGUUGGAGGACUUCCGGCAUCGCGACGAAGCCGAGAGCUCGGCGGCGGCAUUGGUGGAGCCGCCGAAGGAGGAGAAGAGAAUGAACGAGGAGGGGAAGAAGGAGGCGGGGAAAGAAGAGUGCGGUUUGGAUCUCAGUCUUGCUCUCUAA